CCGCCCGAGCAGCCAGCCUGGCGCAUGCGCAAGGCGUCGCCGACGGGUGUUGAGGCAAGGGCGCGGAGCCCGGCUUCCGCCUUGGUUCCACCCAGCUCGCGCUUGUGGGCGGAGCGAAGGGCUGGUUGGGGGGGGGAAAGGCGGAGCUUCGGCUGCGCGCGUGCGUGGAAGCGAGUUGAGCGGGUCGGGGUAGCGCGGUGGGGCUGGCUCGAGCGAUCUAAAGUCAAGAUGCAGGACCCCAAUGCAGACACUGAGUGGAAUGACAUCUUACGCAAAAAGGGCAUCCUGCCCUCCAAGGAAAACCUGAAGGACUUGGAAAAGGAGGCGGAAGAAGAGGAGCAGAGUGUCCUCCAGCAGUCAGUCGUGAAAACAUACGAAGAUAUGACUUUGGAAGAACUAGAGGACAAUGAAGAUGAAUUCAAUGAGGAAGACGAACGGGCUGUUGAAAUGUACAGGCAGCAAAGACUGGCUGAGUGGAAAGCAACUCAACUGAAGAAUAAAUUUGGAGAAGUUUUGGAGAUCUCCGGCAAGGACUAUGUUCAGGAAGUUACCAAAGCCGGUGAGGGCUUAUGGGUGGUCUUGCACCUUUACAAGCAAGGGAUUCCCCUCUGUGCCCUGAUCAAUCAGCACUUCAGUGGACUGGCCAGGAAGUUUCCUGAUGUCAAAUUUAUCAAGGCCAUUUCAACAACCUGCAUUCCCGAUUACCCUGAUCGGAACCUGCCCACAGUAUUCGUCUACCUUGAAGGGGACAUCAAGGCUCAGUUCAUCGGUCCUCUGGUGUUCGGUGGCAUGAACCUGACAAGAGAUGAGUUGGAGUGGAAACUGUCCAGAUCCGGAGCAGUCAAGACAGACCUGGAGGAGAACCCCAAGAAGUCUGUUGAAGACGUGCUGCUGUCCUCGGUGCGGGGCUCCAUUCCCAUGAGGAGGAGGGACAGUGACUCAGAGGGCGACUAAGGCUGCCGCCGCCAGAACUUUUCAAACUUUCUUAAUGUGACAAGUCACCUGAAUAUUUUUAAAAAGAAAAAACCAAGAACGAAUCCUUUUGAUUUUUAGCCUUUUUAUAAUUAUACCUCACAUCUCAUACAUUGGAGAAAUAAUCACUGCUCAGAAUUGUAUUAACUUUCUUGGAACUCUCUUUUUAAAUAACAUUUCUUUAAAAGAAAGUUUAAAUCAUUUAUUGGUA